AUCUCACAAUCCUUCAGUAUUCUCUUUUUCUCCCGGCACCUACCCCCCUGCCUUCGCUUUUGGUCUUCCCACCCUUUACUUAAUUCAUUUGCUGUUUACGAGAUAGAGGAACCAGCCCGAAAUGACGACUGCCGUUGCUGAGGCUCGACCCUCGCCGCACGAUGAGUCGACACCUCUCCUCAGGAAUAGCAACGACCCGACUCUAGAGUCGCAACCCCACCUAGGAAAUGGGCACACCAAUGCCCCCCCGCGUACCGACAAUCAGAAUGCAGCUAACGACCUCCCACAAGAACUCCCUUUUGCAAAACUUUGCAUUGUCCUGCUGGCAGCUUGGGUUGGCGUCUUCCUGGGCGCAGUCGACACUACCGUGAUAACUACUCUCCUAGCACCAAUUUCGACUUCAUUCUCUUCAUUCAAUUCUAUCUCCUGGAUAGCAACCGGGUACCUCAUCGCCAAUGCCGCUUUGCAACCGCUCUUUGGAAAAUUAACGGAUAUCUACGGACGCAAAUCUGUCCUUGUGCUGUGUAAUGUUCUUUUUGGCGUGGGAACAUUGAUGUGCGGGCUUGCGAAGGAUCAAUACACCAUGAUUAUUGGAAGAGUAAUAGCCGGUGCUGGCGGCGGUGGAUUAAUGACAAUUUGUUCCAUCAUAGCGACGGACUUGGUCCCCCUGCGGAGGCGCGGAGUCGCCCAGGGCGGUGGUAAUAUUGCGUACGGAGCAGGCGCAGCACUUGGUGGGGUCUACGGAGGGUUUAUCCAUGGUUGGAUUGGUUGGAGAUGGGCAUUCCUCCUACAAAUCCCGUUCAUAGCGAUUUCCGCUGCAUUGGUGUCAAUUUUCGUGAAUAUUCCCGUGAAGAAGACCGAAGAAGCAAGGUAUCGAAGGAUUGAUUACCUUGGUUCGGGCACGUUGCUGUGUUCUCUGGUUACCCUCUUGCUAGCGUUGAAUACAGGCGGGAAUACGCUGCCAUGGACCCACCCCCUUGUGAUGACAUGUCUACCCUUGAGCGCGGUUUUUCUAGGGGCUUUCUCCAUGGUCGAGUUGUGGUAUGCAAAUGAGCCUGUCAUCCCGGUUAGACUGUUGGGGAAUAGAACUGUGUUGGCGGUUUGCUUUGCAAAUUGGUUUAUGGUGAUGAGCGUUUUUGCAGUUGUGCGUCGGCGCCUACCCACCGAGACACACACAAAGCUAAUGAUAUUGUCCAACAGUACUUUUACACUCCAAUAUACUUUAUCCUCCGCGGUUACUCCACUGCCCAGGCCGGCCUCCGCCUAGCACCCUUCGCCAUCGGCAUCUCAAUCGGAAGCCUAGGGGCAGGCCUCAUCAUAAAUGCCACGGGAAAAUACUACAUCCUCGGCCAAACCGUCAUGCUAACAUUCGUCCUGGGAGUGCUCUCGAUCUGUGCAUUCAGCCUGACAACCCCGCUCUUCCCACAAUUCUUCAACCUUUUCAUGGUCGGCUCCGGUUACGGCGGAACACUAACCGUCGCUCUACUAGCGCUAAUCUCCUCGGUAGACCACAGCGAACAAGCCGUCAUUACAUCUGCCAACUAUGCAUUCCGUUCCACGGGUAGCACAAUUGGUACGACUAUUAGUAGUUCCAUCUUCCAGAAUGUGUUGGUGAGGCAAUUGCGCGCGCACUUGGGGAGUGGGGAGGAUGCGGAAGCGAUUAUCCGGAGGCUGAGGGAGAGGUUCGAUGAAUUUGACAAGUUGUCCGAGGUGUGGAAGGGGAAGGCUGCGCUGGCAUAUAUGGAUGCGCUGCACGCGGUCUUCUGGACGGCACUUGGACUGGGUGUUUUGGCGUUUGUGUGUUAUACGCAAGUGAGGGAGCACAAACUGCACAAGACGUUGGAUCGGAAGUAGGGGGUCUACAGGGGAAGGCGCGGAGGGGGUAAGAAAGAUGGGAAGAGCGCGGGACAUAGUGAGAAGUCUGAAAGGGGUGGAAGCGAAGGAGAGAGGUUAUGAGACGAGAAGCGUGACCAUAUAUCGCCGGACGUACUGUAUGCACCGGUAUGAUACUCUCCAUAUUAUAGCAUAGCCCUUUCAACGAAUGUACUCCAAAAAAAAAUUACCAUACCCACACCCACUCUAAAUUGGCAUAGCAGUAAACAAAAGAAAACAAAAAAACGUCACAACCCUCUUCCAGACACCGAAAGCCACCCACUUGCUGACCACGGAUCUUUGCCACUGCCCCACACCUUUUCUCAGCCCCGUUUAAAAGUCAAGGAAACGCUGUUAACACAAUGCCUCUCAUCUGCCGCGCCGCCGAAGCCCUCCCCUUUAAACACAUGUCCCAAAUGGCCGCCACAAUUGGUGCAGAUAAUCUCCGUCCUGUGCAUGCCCAAGCUCCCAUCCUCGCGCCGACCAAUGGCGCCCGACACGCCCUCGAAGAAGGCCGGCCACCCGCACCCGCUGUCGAACUUGCUGGUGCUCUUGUACAGCGGCGCGCUGCAGCCCACGCAAGUGUAGACCCCGGGGGAGCUGUGGUGGUGGUAGGUCCCACUGUUGGGUGGUUCGGUGCCGCGUCCGCGGAGGAUGCGGAAUUGCUCUGGGGA